CAGCGACCAGCGGCCUACCAUUACCAGCCAAACCGGGAUGGAGCUGGCCGGACCGCUGCCGAGACGAAUACAUACUUGAACGAGUAUGGAUUGCUGGCAGAAGCGGCAAAGAGGGCCCAGAUGGCUGUUCUAAUGAGAGAUGUUGAUGCCAUGGAAUUGUAG